GGUACUGGUUAACUCAUGUCAGUUGACUUGCUACCCCGCUUGCUACGAUACGGGAGACUACACAACUUCAGUGGAAAAUUGCUUAGUCAUGGUGUGCAUAUUCCACACUAAUUGGUAAGAUACUAUUUCUGGUAUACCACACUCAUUUGCUGAAAAGCUAGCUGAAGCUCGGAGAAGACGACUGAAGUGAAGAAACAUCGCCUGGCCUGCGCCUGCAUGAUACGGUAUCGAAGCCCGAUCGCGUUGACAGCGUUCGCUCGAUGGUUAAGUUGGAGGACAAAACUUUUACUCCCCUUCAUUAGCUUAUAACUUUACUUGGUACUGGCUUAAUUGCCGAGAAAAAAGACACAGCCGGUCAUGGCAACACAAAGCGGAUUGAAAGUAGUUCUGUUCCUGGGAACAUGCAGAGAAGGACGAGUCGGGAUUCGAGUGGCAAACUUCAUGAUCAAUCAACUGAAAGCAAGAGGACAUGACGUGCAUUUUAUGGAUGCACAGGAACUGGACCUUCCAAUCCUUAAAAAGCCAUUGCACUUCUACAGGGACCAGACACAAGCUCCUGCUGUCCUUCAGGAAGCUAAGACAAAGAUCGUUGCUGCCGAUUGCUAUGUUGUGGUCUCCGGAGAGUACAACCACUCCAUCCCACCAGGUCUUAGCAAUCUAUUUGAUUACUUCCCUGCAUCUAUCUUCAGCUACAAGCCUUCGGGGAUCGUAUGUUACUCCCCAGGUCCUUAUGGUGGGAUGCGGGCCGCCAUUCAGCUGAGGGCAUUCCUGGGCGAGAUGGGCUGCAUCAGCGUGUCCAAUAUCUUUGGCAUACCCAAAGUCGGUGAGGCUAUCAGUGAAGAGGGGAAACCCCUCAACCAGUACAUGGAGAAAGGGGCCGGGAAGCUCUUGGAUCAGCUGGACUGGAUGGCCAAAGCUAUGAAGGCUCAGCGUGAGAAAGCGGGUACUCCAUGAGGCAUACAGUCUAUUCACAUCCUAUAUGGAUUUGAAGCCUAGGGGAGGCUGGUUUUGGGCUCUAGAUAAGAAAAAUUGUGCGGUUGAGCAGCAUUUGCUCUGUUAACAACAUUUUCCUUCUUCAAGACUAUUGAAGUCUUUACUUUUAGACCCUGGUCUGGACCAAAUUAUCUUAAAUGUAAUCGAACCCAGUUUAACACUUGAAUGGAAUAAAUUAUCUUUUGAGCUGAGAGGAAGUGAUGCAGUUGUUACCAGGGCAAAUGUGGCAUUGAGUUUUAUGUGUUUUAGCAGGGUUUAAGCUAGGUUCAUGCUCUGCCUAUAGGAUAUAUAAGCUGUGUCUUUCAUAUACAGUAGAUAGAUGGCAUACACUUUAUUCAUGUACAGAGUAGUCUUUUGUGACAAAGAAUUUGUUUGAAUAUGAAAUAUGAAUAUGAUCUGCAAAUGAUUUUAUUUUUAGCAAGGAAGGAUGGGAAAAUCUAUGGAUGUACCAUUUAGUUCUUCACUACCCAUCUUAAUUUACUAAAUUCAUUUAAGUUCAGUACGUGUAGUUAGAGUCUAGGGCCCAUUUCAUUAAAACUAUUGUAAUUUUUUACUAUUACUGUAUUGUAGCUACCAUGGAAAACUUUAUUUUAAUUGGCUGGUUUACCCAGUUACCAUGGUAGAUACAAUAACGGCAAAGUAGCAUUAGUU